GAACAACGCUGCCCAGAGCAGACGUGCAUUUUCAGCAGGAUAGCAAGUAUUCGUGCCAGUCGCUACAAUGCCGAAGAAGAAACGUAAAAAGCGUUGCCUACCAGUUUGUUGUAGUGGUGCAGUUUCUCCUCUUGAUGACUACAAUGCACCAUCUCCUGAUGAACUCCGCCAUACAAAUGAGGUGGAGUCAGGCAACUCGGAUCACCGAGUUUGCCCCAAAUCUUCAAGCUUCUCAGCCUCUGGAAUAGAUGUUUCUACUCUAGAUCAGAUUGACAGUCAAGAUCCUGCACAAGACCUCCAUCUUUCAUUGGCUUUAGAGCCUAGUUCUGAAAUCUCCCUUGAGGGACAAGACACAAAGGUGACAUCUGUAGCAGCAGAGUCGGAAAACACUGGGACUCCAAGCAGAUAUGCACAGCUGGGGACAGGAUUGCCCCCUGUCGAUGAGGUUGAGAGGUCACUUGAUGCUGACUUUGAAAUCUCAGCUGCACCAGCACCAGAACCAGCACCAGCACCUUACCCUCCUGCCACCAGGUCAUCUGAAUCGAAGUCCAUCCCCCUGGACCGACCUGCAUCAUCAGGCAGUGAUUGCUCCUCAGAUGCAGAUACUCGCAAGACAUUUUGGGCAGGACAGGACUUCAGGACCGAAAGAGAGCAAAGUUCAACACCACGUCGUCCAAACAGAGUUCUUGCCAUGGCACGUGAGAGCCAUGUGGGUCUAACACGAGAACUGUUCCCAAGCCCUCCACCUAAGAAGAAGGCAGUGAGGAGACCAGUAAAGAUGUGCACGCCAGACACCUCCAGCAGUGAACUGUCCUCAGAUGCAGAAAUGUACAGACUUCUUGGAUUGGAGAAACCAAAAUCAGGCAAAUACAAGAUAGAUGGAGUUAGCUUGAGGCGAGCAUCUGCCAAAACCAACCUGCCCUCAGUUUUUAUCAACAACUCUGAUUCUCUUGUGGAUUCCCAGCUGUCAAAUUCAGGCAGCUCUACAGAACCUGAGCUUUGUAAACUCCUCGACAUGAGCAAGAGUACUGAUGAAGAUGAUUCAAAACCUGUUGAUGCACUCAAGAAAGGGAAACCACUUCCCCCUGUGAAGCACAUGCGAGAUCUGGAUAGUCCUCCUAAAGUUCUGAUUGAUAAUUCUCCAAAGGAGACCAAAUUUUUGAAAACAGUGAUGAAUGGGUCAUGUAGAGCAAAAUCCCCUCUUGCACCUAUUCCUACAAGUCACACAGAGCGAGAAGAGAUACCUCAAGAUGUAUCAGAAUUUCUUCCCUCCAAAAUCAUGUCAACACGUGGAGCCUUUGCAUCUGCAGGUUCUGCCAUUUUUCAAGAGGAGAAGAAUAUUCAUUCCUUGAGAAUCAUGGGGAAGCCAUCACAAAGGAGCUCAGAUGUUAGAAUUAGAUCCUUCAAUAACCUUGAUACAAGAACAUCAAGAGGACCUGAUCCAGUAAAUACUGCUGAGUCUAACAGGAGGAUUGAAUCUGUAUGUCCACCAACAGCUAACCCUAGGCCAUCCUUACAUCCUUCUCCACCUGACAGAAAGGCACCAGAGACGGGGGGCAAGGUCUCUUUCAAGGUUUCCACACUCAAGGGCACCAAGCAAUAAGGUGUCAGAGAAGAGUAUUGAAUCUCCAAGGCAGACAGUGGACUCACAGAAACCUGACUCCACCACAUCCAGACUACAACGUCCAAAAGAGCAUCAGUUCAUGUCCUUUGGUAAGAUGUCCGCAUCAGUCGAACCAGAAGAGACAUCAGUGGAAUCUGCCAUGGUCCUGGAUUCUGGAUUUGGUCUUGGUACAUCAGCAGUAAAGGAUCAUCAAUCCAGCCAUAGAUCAUAUGCACCAUGUCCACCAGUAGGGAAGGUGGCAGGCAGACAUGCCAGGUCAUUCAACAGCAUAGCUCCAUUGCCUUCAACUUCCAACUCAGUGGAUAAGCCACCUGUUGCAAGGAGACAAACAGGCUAUGAGCAGGCUCAGUCUCCCAAAUGGCAGUCACCACGUGGACCUAAAUGCACACCUGAAAUGAUGAUUACUAGAAGCAACACAAAGCCUGCAGGAGUCAAAGAUGGACUGCCACACUCUGUAGGAUACAGGAGAAUGAUCCCAAGACUACCAAGCGCCAGUAGGAUGGAAAAUGUGCACACCUCUGGUUCAAGUUCCUCUGAGAGAGAUGUUCUCUCUCCCAGACCAGCAUGGGAAUUGUUGAAAGCUGGUUUAGAAACUCAUGCUGAAGUAUACUCUUCCUCCACCAAUGAAAACAGAAACUCAAAUCUUCCUCUCAAGCCAUCAUCAUAUGCUUAUAUAACUUACCCCACUUCAACAUCUUCACACUACAGACCACAUCAGUAGGACUUUGGGGACAGUUGACUGCCUUGGUUGUCUUGAAGUUGGAUUGGAAUUACAUGGGUCCUUCAUUUUGGGAGUCCAGGGAACUCUCAGUUGUAAUUCUGGGGAUGAAAGGCAUGAACAGUGAAGUCCGCGGCUGGCAACAUGUGGCACACUUCAAAUGAUGAUCAAACCUGCGAAGAUCCGGGUAAGAGUAGGUCUUCAGAAGCGCAUGCUUGCCGUAAGAGGCGACUAAAGGAAUCGGGUGGUCAGGUGGUUGAUGCAUGUCAUUGUAUCAAUUGGAUCUAAGCUCAUGACAUCAAUCACUGGAUUGUCUGGUCGAGACUCAAUUACUUACAGACCGCCGUAAUACAGCUGAAAUAUUGCUGAAUGUGGUGUUAAACAACAAACAAACAAAUAAUGAUCAUGAUGGGCUACUACUGUCAAAAUGGACCAAUCACAGAGCUCAAUAUAAAAUAUCUAGAUGCAGUUUCCUGAUAACGUUUCUUAGCAUCGCAUUGUGUAUGAUUAUUGCUUAUACAGUGUGCAGAAUACAAAACAGAGUUCGGCUCCAUACAAAGCUGCAUAGGGACCAUUUUUAUCGUUUCGCAGUAUUUGUGAGUACAUGAUUUGGAAUAUUAACAAGGUUUCCACCAAAACAAACUCGCCUUGUUUUGGUAUGGGGAUUCUUUAUUUGUUUUAUUAGACUGGAAUUAAAUACAGUGCACUGUUGAAUGCGCCAAUGUUGUGGCCUCGAAUGAACUGUAUUUGUAACAAUGUAAUCUACAGUUUUGGCAAGUAUUAGUGAUUCAAGCCGCCAAAUUUGUUCAGGUGUCCCUGGACUUCAUUGUUUGUAUUUGGGGUGAAAUAUUUUGCAUCCAGUACAACCCUGGGAUGGUGAGGAAUUGUGCAGGUGUAAAACAUGCCGUAACCAGGGGAUGUGUGAGGAUACAGAUGCAAAUAUAUUAACUUCAAAAUAGAAUUCUUUAAAUUCAGUUGCUACAAUGAUGCUUUUAACAUUUUGAACUUAAUUAUUUUGGCAUUUUCUCCUAUUUGUAAUGAUUCUAGAGCAACUAAGACAUUGACUGAAAUUAUUUUUACAAAACUUCAGAAAGGUUAUUUGCUAUAGUUUUAAAUGAACUUGCUUACCAAACACAAAUCCCUAAAGUGUUGGCUGAUGAUAAUGCUGUGGAUGUUGUUGAUGGUGAUGAUGAAGAUGAUGAUGAUGAUGAUGAUGGCAAUGAUGAAGAUGAAGGCAAUGAUGAAGACGAUGAUGGCAAAAAGUGGAAGGGGAAGUCUACUUUUGCCAAGAUAUAUUCAGUUCUAUAUGUAAGUUUCUGUAUAAUAUAUGAAAUGUUGUACUUUCUUUCAUUGAAUGUUUCAAUGAUUACUAUUGUAUCACCAAAUUAGUUUGUCUAUUUUGCUUUUGUUUUUAAGAUGUAAUGGUCAGAGGUUAUCUACCAGUGACAUAAGAAAAUACUAGAAAGUGCUAAAUUGUGCCAAUCAAUUUCAAGUUACAAACUUUCAUAUUCAAACUUCUGCAUCCUCAUAAAACAAAGUCCUGGUUUUAAAAAGAAUGAAAAAGUCACAUGUUGUUAAAUUAUGAAACGUGUGGCCCAGUCAGACAGUGUCAGCAUAUUACAUAUUAUUGUGUUAGGCUUUUGAGAAGUGUUGAAGUAACAAAGCAUGGUUGAGCACCUGAUUGACCUUUAAUUCCGAACACUUGGAGAUACGUUCUGACCAACUUGAAUUUUAAGAAUGGCAAUCACUGCCUAUUAAUUCACUUCCAUUAUACAUCUGUUGUUGUUUUUUGUUAUCCAUAUUGAGAUUACAGCUUACCUAAAGAAUGGAUUACCAUAUAAGGGUGAAAUGAUGAUCGCAAGUCAAGAGGUAUACAUAUAUGUGAUGGAAACUGACUGCCCAUGAAAUUACCGGUUGCAGGCAUGAUGUGCCAGUGGAAAGCAAUAGUUUACUUGUAGCCAAACCUGUUAUAAGCUGAUCAAAGCUCUAAUUUACUUGGCAAAGAACGAAUUAACCAGUCAGUAUCCUGUAUAUGUUUGAGAACAGAAACAUGGAGGUUGUUGUAUGUAAUUGUUAUUAUUGCUUGAGAUUUGAUGUUAUCAUGCUCAAUAAAUCUUUUAUAUCUGUU